UGCCCUUUGAAAAGCUAUGUAUUAUUCUUGCAUUUGUCAUGAUACACUUAAAACAUAUCUUUGUAUAACAAUGGUACAUGUGUUAUGCUGAUAUGGAGUGUUACCAAUGUCUGAGUCACUGCGAUAAAUACUUUGUUAGUGGAGCAGUUCAGUUAAGUAGCUACCAAACAUCAGUCUUUGGUAGGCUUGAAAUAAGAAGGUUUGAGCUGUAUGACAAGAGAACGUUGAUUAUUCUGCAUUGAAGGCCGGUGAUUUCACGAAUGGCUUCUUCCCGCAUGAUUCUUUGGAUUUGUAUUGUACUGGCGGUCCCAAUUGUAUCUGAAAGUGGAAAGGUGCUGGUUAUUCCUCAGAAUGCUGAUGUGUGGUUAGACAUGCUUCCAAUGGUGGACAAAUUGAAGUUAAAAGGAAAUGAGAUAGUGGUAGUGAUACCAAGAAGCUCUUUCAAUCUGGUCUCUUCUGAGAAUUUAAUUGUGAAAAUGUACUCGGCACCUCUAGUUACAUCUGGACUUAUUACAGACAUGGACAUCACGAAAGAAGAACCGCUAAUGAACAGUUUGCUCUGUGGUAUUAGUACAGUAUAUAGGCAUUUGAAAUAUACUGCAUCAGUCCUUAGUAAUACUUGUCAACAUCUAAUGGCAGACACAGACCUUCUUCAAUACCUGCACAACAUGUCGUUUAAUGUUGCGGUUAUGGAUCCCUGGUUUCCGUGUGGUCCAAUCCUUGCAAAAAAUCUCUCUGUCCCAGCUAUUUAUGUCCUGCCGGGAAUUGCCUGUGAUUGGGACAACAAGGCCACUUGCUGCCCAAGAACUCAACACUUUAACCUUGACUGUGAUCAGACAGAUUUAGUACCGCGUAUAAAGUGUUUUCUGGUUCAGGUAUUGGAACAUAUUGCUUGCCAGCAAAUUAAUGCCGAAUACACAAGCCUGGCCUCACAUUUCCUGCACAAAGAUGUGAAUAUGCUGGAAAUCUUCAGCCAAGCAGAACUGUGGAUGUUUAAAUAUGAUUUUGUUCUGCACUCUGCAGAACCUGUGAUGCCAAAAAUGAUCUUUAUAGGAGGAGAUAGCUGCGCUGAAAAGCAGCCAGUGCCGCGGGUAAGCAAUGAUGGGUAA